CAAACACGUGGUUAGGACGGAACUGCACGUCAUAUUACCCACAAUCCUUUACGUACUUCCUUAGAGUUGAAAAUGGCGGCGAGGGCACCAGCUGCUACCGGCAGGCUUCUGCUUGGAUUCCGUAAAUGGUACUACAACGCUUGCGGUUUCAACAAGCUCGGUCUUAUGCGAGAUGACACCAUUCAUGAGGAUUCUGACGUAAAGGAAGCCCUCCGUAGGUUACCAGAAAACGAGUACAAUGACAGAAUGUUCCGCAUCAAGAGGGCCCUUGACCUCUCAAUGAAACAGGCUGUUCUCCCCAAGGAGAAUUGGACUAAAUACGAAGAGGACAAGCACUACCUAGAACCCUACCUGAUCGAGGUGAUUCGGGAGAGGAAGGAGAAAGAGGAGUGGAGUAAGAAGUAAAGGGAUUGUGGGGGUUGCACACCUGAUUGUGGUCUGGUCUCUGGUGUGAUGUAUUUAAAAAUGAAAGUGUAUUAUGUUGUCUGGUCUCUGUAAUUAUUAAAGCCUCUUUUAACUGAAAA